GAGAGAAUCAUCGGCCCGACCCGAAGGCCCGACGGCACUCUCCGCAAGCCCAUUCGUAUUAGGGCUGGGUAUCGCCCCCAAGAGGAAGUCGCUAUUUACCAAUCCAAAGGCGCCCUCUGGAAAAAAGAAAUGGCGGCUUUGAGGGAAACGCCACCUGGGUAUGACCCUGUGAUGGAUGCUCCAAAAGCCAUGUCGAAAGCAGCCAAGAGGAACGAAAGGAAGAAGGAAAAGCGCCUGCAGGCUGCUCUUGAGAAGGAAGAUGAUAUUGAAGAUAAUGAUGGUGUUUCAUCUGCCUCUGUAAAUCACAACCAUUUGUCAGAUCAAGUAGAAUUUGUUGCAGCACAUAUGAAUGAGCUUGCUGUCUCUUCAAAUCUGGUGGAUCCGCCAUCAAAUUCAAAUGAAUCAUUGACGGGGGAUCAUCUUCAAGACAUCGAUAAAAAGAUCAGAGCACUAAAAAAGAAGAUUCGGCUGACAGAAGCCCAACAGCAGAAAACUGAUAAAAAGGAUAUGAAGCCAGAGCAGUUGGAGAAGAUGGCAAAAUUGGAAGGAUGGCAUGCUGAGUUAAAGCUUUUGGAAGGUAAAAGGGCUGAAUUUGCACCUUUGGUGGCUUGAUGAAUCAAUUAGCUGUAGGUUAAAUUAAACCAACCUAUAAGUCUCCAUUUAAUUUGUUUUCACAUUAAUCUCUUUCAUCUUGUAGGACUAGAAAAUUGUGGAUUAAAUCUAUAUCAGAUUCUUACUCGCAUGAAUUGUGAAUGGCAGUUUGGUUGCUUUUUCUUAAAUGUUUGCCAUGCUACCAGAGGGUUAACAAUGGGGGUAUACUUUAAAUAAUACCAUCAAUGUUGGAUUGGUAGUUAAUCAAAGUACCUAGGAGGUCCUUCUAUUAUAGAACUCUACUCAUUUUAGCUCAUUUACCGGAA